GACCGCACCCACGCGGUGUGCAAAGGAAGCCACCGAAGUGACGAGGACCCGCCGUGGGGGAACAGGACCCAAAGAAGGGACACAAGGAUCCGACAUGGACAACCCAAGGACGAGCGACGCACAGCCUCUAGAGGCAGAGGAUGGCACGGAAGGGCAUCCUAGGGGUGCGUCGCCGCCCAGCUCAAGGCAACCACGGUCCACGACCAGCCAACCACAAGCAAGGCACCACUCCCCGACCCCGCAAGCAGAACCGGGCAACAUCACGCAGCAUGGACCAUCAACAGAAGAACCCAAACGGCCCGAUCCCGGACACCAGCUGGGACGACGGGUGGCACACCAGACUGCAGGAGUGGGACGCGCAGGAGGAGGCGGCAGCCCCGGAAAGAGGGGAGAAUCCCGAUUGGCAGCCGCUGGACCACGCACCAAUGAAGUGGCUAUCGCCAGUUCCCACCGACCACAACGCCCCGAACCCGGAACCGACGAACUGCACGGCCCGAGAGGCCGAACCAGGAAACCCGAGCCAACCAAAGGAGGACAGCGACCUGUCAUUGGGCUUGGAAGAGGCAGAGGCGGGCGGACUGCUCACAGCGUUCGAGGGGAUGCCCGAGCUAAACGCGCUGCAGGAGGAGCAGGAAUGGCCAAUCGCCCCAGUCGCCUGGCGGGUAAGCACGCCUGACCGCCGCAUCCCGCAAAGCCUGCUGGAAGGCGCCAGCGCUCAGGCAAACGCGGCGCGUCACGGGCGCAGCCGGAUCCGCAGCCUAGAACACCACCACGGCCAACGCUUUCGCGUAUGCAUCAGCGGAAAUUUGGUGCGCAUUUCACCGCGCCCCACCCCGAAGUAGGAAGGGAGUGUGAAGGCAUAAGCCUCCACAACACUGACCACGACACCAUCCCCUGAAGGGACCGCCCCGACGGCUUGUUAUCUAAUUUCAUUAUUAUCUCAGUUCAUUAUCACUAUUAUCCGAUUUUAUUACUUCUAUUAUUAUUAGUAUUACCAAAACAAGCAACAAUGAAUCCUUAUUUUCACCCAUUAAAGUAAGAAAUAGGCUAAGAAACCCGAAAA